CGAGUAUAGAUUUAUCGCGUGUUUGCCAACGACUUCUAAUCUUAUCGGGCCGGCAUAUACUAUUUAAACAAACGAAAAACGGUGAAUCAGUCGCCCGUUGCCGGCACACCCGAGAAGUGGUUCGAAAAAUGUUGGGAAAAUGGGAAAAGUCGGAACUGCUGUUGCUCUUUCUCCUGAGCUGUGGCGCGUUGUGUGCACGGGGGGCCAACAUAUUGGGUUUGGUGACGACGCCACAGGGUGAUAAUCCCGCCUGGACGCAGCCGCUUUUCGAGGCGCUGGCCGCUCGUGGACACAGCGUUACGGUGCUGAGCACAGCACCUGUUCUGAAGAAUUCGGAUAUCACACACAUUCCACUGCAAAACGAUUACGAUGUGGUAAAGAAGCACUUUGUGGACGAGGGAUCGGGUGAAUAUAGAGACUAUUGGUCGUUCCGGCAUUUACAAAUCUGGUACGAGGCGAUGCUGGGCAGCUGUGGCUCCGUGCUGGAGGCACGCCUGCUAAAGAAACCAAGUUCCCAUCAGAUGCAGAGUCUGCAGGUCGAUUUCGAUUUGGUGAUCUAUGAUGCGACCUAUGCUUGGGAUUGUGUGCUUCAUAUGCUGCUGAAGCAGCGCCAGGUGCCUGUGAUGGGGGUAAGUGGCGGAAAACUGAACACCGAACUGUUGAAGGUAAUGCGCGCAUCAGACACCAUCAAUGCCGCCAAUAUUCCGCACUUUAUCAGCGAGCUGCCCCACGCAAUGGGCUACUGGCAGCGCGUCCACAAUCAUCUGCUCUACCUGGAGGAGGUCUUCCUGCGCCUGGCCAUAGCCAGUCCAGUACUCAGAGGUCUGCUCAAGACUGAUGAUUUCCAUCAUCGUGUCAAUCUCAUGCUGCUCAACACCCAUCCCGCUCUGGAUUAUGUUCAGAAUAUGCCGCCAAACAUUUUAGAGGUGGGCGGCUUGCACAUACGCCCCCAUUCCCGCGAAUUGUCGCAGUCUGUUGAAGUGUUCCUGGAGGACUAUUCCGAGGGCGUUAUAUACAUAUCAUUGCCACGAAUAGAGCUGUUCCCAGAAAUGGCCCGAACGGCAAUUAUCGAUGUGGUUGCUUCGUACCGAAAUUAUGGCAUUAUAUGGAAUCUACAUAAUGAGGAACUCAAGAACACAAUACCUGUUGAAAAAAUGACUAAUUUGCAUAUCGUUCAAGUGGAGCCGCAAGCACAACAGGACAUACUGGCAUAUUCGAAUGUGAAGGCCUUUAUAACGCAUGGCGACAGUUUCAGUCUGCAGGAGGCCAUAUACAAUGCUAUUCCCGUCGUGGUAUUUCCCAUGCUUCAUGAUGAGAUCAAUAAUGCACAGCGAGUUAAGGAACGUAGCUUGGGUAUCACAAUUGCUGUGAAAAGCUUCUCAUACAAUUCCUUUUCAUUGGCGCUGAAGCGCGUCCUGUUUGAUGACCACUUUUCGGAUGCCGUGCAUCAGGCCAAGCUUAGUUUUCGCAAUCGGGCCAUGUCGCCUGUGGAGGAGGCUGUCUGGCAUGCCGAAAAGCUAAUGACAGAACCUCAAAUCUAUGAUGCCCUCAGCAGUCCGGAGGCGCACAGUCAAAAUUAUUUUGUGCGCCAUUCGUUGGAUGUACUUGCACUGCCAGCUCUCUUCAUCCUGCUCUUCAUAUUCAAUGUAGCCUUUUUGAUCAUGCAAAUGAUAGCUGGCUUUAAGGAUAUGCGAAAGAAGAAGCUAGAACAUGAACAGCUCCUGCCCAAACCACGCGGCAAAAAAAGUCUGAAGGAGGCAAAGUAUAUUCCAUUACGCAAACAGCAAAAACAUGACACGCACCAUACCAGGGUGCAAAAGGAUGAAUAAAAGGACGAUAUUUAAUGUA